AUGACUACAGCUACAACUAGUUGUUGCGAUGAGAUUCCAGCAACACAGCAAGUUCUGCUUCUUACCGCUAUGGUUGACAUCAUGGAUAGAAACAACAAGGCCCACCCCUGCCGAGUUUUAUUGGACAGCAGCUCCCAAGCUAACUUAAUUUCAAAGGAAAUAAUAGAUUCACUAAACUUGAGGCGAUUUCCGUCAAACGUGACAGUGGCAGGAGUUAAUAGUACGAAGAGCCACUCAUCUUACGGCAGCAUUGUUCAGAUUCGCUCGAGAUAUUCCAGCUUCAUAGCAAACCUUAAAUGCUUGAUUACUGAAAGGGUCACGGCCGAUGUACCAACAUCUCCUAUCAACGUGGGGUUGUGGGAGAUUCCGCCUGGAAUUCAACUCGCUGAUCCAAGUUUCCACCAGACCAGAAAGGUAGAUAUGUUAAUCGGAAAUCAAUUGUUCCCGAAACUGUUGCUGCCUGGGCAAAUCCAAUUAAACGAUCAUGCUGCAAUUUUGAAGGAAACUCGUCUAGGUUGGGUGGUGGGCGGCGGCUAUCAAACUGAUCCCAACGUGCAUUCGUACCCACUCACACUUGAGCAGAGUAUUCAACGAUUUUGGGAGGUUGAAGAAUUGCCAGGUGAUCAUCAAGUAAAGAAUUAA